AUGGAUUCAAAAGAGAAAGAAAAGGAGUCUCAGAAAAAAAGCGGGGUCGACUAUUCUUUUCCGAUAUCCGAAUACGCGAAGCAGCUGGAUUUUCCAGUCAGAGAUCGAUAUUUACAGAAAAUAGCGGCAAUUGGAAUUGAUCCAGUUUUAGUCGAAGGGAAGGACUUUAAGCCGUACUGUUUGCCUCCUGUUGAAUCCACAGAUAUUUUGUGUUAUCUUGUCUUGGAGACACGUUUCUACACUCAGAAACAGUUUAAAGCUUUCCGAAGUCUUGAAGCAUAUAACCAAAUGGUCUCUGGUUUUAUCGCAAGCGUGCAAGGCCACAUAAUCGCCGACAAGUUUCUUGUUUUAGCAAAGGUGAGACAUUCCCAGCGUAUGAACGACUCUCUUAUUUCAUGUUGGGUUAUCAUGGAAAGAGAAGUAACAAUUUUGUUUGCACACUGCUUAGGUUGCAAGGCUGGCGAAGUCCAAGUCCAACACUUCUCUCUCAGCAGAGGAAAAGGUGCAGGCAGAAUCGAUUAGAUUCUUCCCACACUUCCUCCGCUUGGCUUCCUCCCUGAAACAAUGAAAGUUAACAAAAUCACUCUGCGCAAUUUUGUAUCUGAGAUUAUAUUGAUUUCGAUCUAUUUCGGUUCGGAGCCAACUCUGACCGGUAAAACUCGCCUCACCCUGUUAUCGCGGCUUGGUCUCUGGCGUUUUCUUGCGCAUGCGUUUUAGACAGUUUAGUGGAUCUACAUAAAGUGUCCUCUUAAUCUGUCGGUUAAUUCCGUUACUACUAGCAAAGAUCAUAAUAUUUCUGUUUUUAUUUUCUGUUCUUGUUAUGCUCAAUCAUGGAGCAUUUUAAUUUAUCCUUUAUCUUUUCCAAAUUUUUUUAAUUAUAAUUGUUAUCUUCUUUUCGCGGAGCUUUAAAUUGAAAGAAAUGUAAUGGAUUUAAAUGUCUUCUAAAGUUAAUUAACGAUACGUAAAGUCAAGGGUUUUUUAACACACUCGGAUAAAAAAGGAACUGGGAAUAAUAGUUUGAUUCUUGUCUCAGAAAAACAUUUGCUAAUUUUUUACGCCUGUUCCCAAAUAUAAUGCAAGUUCUCAAUUUAUCGGGAGGAAUAUUCUCGAGACAAGAAUGUGAAAUUGUUCUUUGUUCCACAACCGCGCCCUAAUCAAUCAUCUCCGUUAAUUUAUCACUGUUUAACAAACAAGUGCAAAUACAUUCUGAGUAAACCCAUGGCAUCAUGGGAUCUCUUUAAUCUGUUUUAAAUCCCAAAGAAGCAUAGUUGAUAACGUUUACGUCAUCUAUGCGUUUACACCAUAACUAACAACCUAUCAGAAUGCGUGUAUGAUUCAGCUUAAUUUAUAAAAGCAAAUAGUCUUUGCAAACUCACGUGCAAAGAGAAGGACUCGAUUUGUCCACGACGAAUAUUUGCCGGAAGGUCCUUGCAAAGGCGUUUGCUUCAGUGACGAAAGAACUGGAACAAAGCAAUAAUGCUACUGACGAGGACGGUAUUAGAGCGGGGCCUUCAGAACAUUCUUUGCUGUCAAAAUUCUUGUCUACAAAAAUAAAUGGCAGACUUGCCUGCACGCAACUGAAGUGCUCGUGGCUUUUACCUACCUACGUCAAACAAGUGGAAUAUGAAAAGGUGCGAGAAAUAAACUUUACAUCCGCAAGGAAAAUGAAAAACGAUUUAGAUGCCAAGAUUGAGAACCUCUUCAAUGUUUCCAGCCCUGAUAACUCUGCUAAAGGAAACGUGUCAAAGGAGAUCCCUGUUCCCUCAAAACCGGAAAUGGAUACCUUUUAUGCUAAACCUAGUAAGUCUAGUAGCAAGCCCAUCGCUCUAAGCUUAAUACCCGAGUAUGCAGACAGCUAUAUCCUCAAAAGUCGCUGCGUACCUACAAUUAGCGAUCUGUUUGAUAAGAAGUACCUCGCUCUGAGUUAUCCUGAGUUAUUAAAAGCUUGUCAAGAGGUAGAUAUUAAGAUUACAAAAGAACAAAUCUUACAAGCACAAGCGAAGGGUAACAGUUUCUUCAGACAUAGAGCUGGAAGAAUCAGGGCCUCCCAGAGUAAGGCUGCUUGUCAGACAAAUCCAGCCAUGCCCUCCCAGUCACUCAUUCAGUCUAUCUGCUAUCCUGAAUUAAAUAAACUGAACACCAAAGCUAUAAUUCAUGGGUGUCAACAUGAACAGGAAGCAAUUAGUGCUUAUGAAGAAGGAACAUAUCAACUUCAAAAUUGAGAAAUGUGGCCUUAUGAUAAACGAAGAAUAUCCAUGGCUGCAUGCAACUCCCGAUUUCUUAUGUUCAUGCGACUGUUGUGGAGAAGGGUGUGGCAAGGUGAAAUGCCCCCUUUGCAUUGAGAAUUGUGAUUUUGAUAACUAUGUAAUGAAACCAUCUUCCUGUCUGGAAAAAAUAGGCACUGGAAAUUUCAGUUUAAAGACAAACCAUCAGUAUUAUUGUCAAGUACAACAACAGUUGUUUACACGCAAGAGGCUAUAUUGUGACUUUAUAGUGUGUGCAUUUGGACAUGUGGGAGAGGCAAAGCUAGUAACACAAAGGCAUUUCCCUGACAAAGAUCAUUGGGAAGCCGUUUUACCUAAACGGACCAGGUUUUGGAGGACUUGCAUAUUACCCGAAGUUUUAGGGAGAUGGUACACUAGGAAACAUGACUUUGGUGAUGUUAAGCCAAUGGAAGCCCAUUCUGUUUGCUUUUGCCGAACUGUGACAGCUGAAGACACAGUAAGCUGCUAUAAUGCUAAUUGUCCUAUUUUGAAGUUCCAUUUGUCAUGCUUAGGUAUUUGCAGCAUACCUAAAACAUGGUACUACCCCAACUGCAGAACACUGCCUGAAUUCAAAUGCACAAAGAAGUCCACUCAAGCUGGCAAGAAACAUGUAGCACCUUCAGAUGCCCUUAUCUUGGAUUCUAUUUGUGUUUGCAAAAAGAAGCCAAGUGAAACUGAUAAGCUCUUAGAAUGUCACAAUGAAGGUUGUAAGAAUGGCAGAUUCUUUCAUUUGGCUUGCGUAAAUCUUAAACGUAUGCCAAACACCAGUAAAACAACAUGGGUUUGUCCAGCUUGUAAACCUGUUAAACAGAAGAGUUCCAGUACUGAAGAUGGAGUGAAGUUUGUAAAAGAGGUGAAAAGUAAAACCCCCAUUGAAAAGUACAAGCAAUAUGCCAAACUGGGGCAGGCAGAAUAUGACCUUAUCAUGUCACCAACAGGAUGGUUAGAUGGUACAAUAAUACAUGAGGCUCAAACCAUCUUACGGCAAGUCAAU